UUAGAUAUAUUAUAGCCAUGGAUAAACCGAGCAAUGCUCCAUUUGAAUUGGAAAAUUACUUUUUAAUGAGGUUACCUCCGGAUGCUGCCACCAAACUCAAUGAAGUUAUGCUUGCUGGAAAUUUGAAAGACAGACUGACACUGAAUAUGCAUGAUGAUUUACGACAUGGUGCAGUGAAAUUUGAUGGGGAAUGUUAUUCAGGAAAAGUUUGGGACUUACCUUGCGUCAUUGAAUGUCAAAAAACUGUAGAUAUGAAGACUUUUUAUAAAACUAAUAAUCUUAGCCAUAUGCUUGUUUGUACUCCCGAUACAGAUUUAAGUGAACAUAAUUCUAAUGUUCAGCAAAAUUUAAAAUCGAAUCAUUUGAGAGAGCGGAAAUUUCUAUGGCCACAUGGAAUUACUCCACCACUAAAAAAUGUUCGGAAACGUCGUUUUCGUAAAACGGCAAAAAAGAAGUAUAUUGACUCUCCUGAUAUAGAGAAAGAAGUGAAACGACUUCUAAAAGCUGAUAUUGAAGCUGUGAAUGUGAGAUAUGAAAUAAUGACAGAAGAGGAAAAAUUGGACGAUAAAUCGAAAAAUUCAGAUUCUAAUGAUGCUAGUCAAUCUUUGGAAAAUGAUGAACUUCAUAAAUUUUUUCCUGAAGUUAGUUCGGAGAGUGAAAAAGAGGACGAUGAUGACGUAAACGUGGAAGACGUUGAUAAAGACGACAGUUUAGAUUUUAUCGAAAUUCCAUCUGGCGUUCCUGUCGUGACCAAUGAAGGAGAGAGAGCACGAUUGAAGGAGAGAUUAUCUAAAUUAUGACCGGAAGUGUCCGAACUCAAAAAACGUAAGGAAAGGAAAGAACAACUAAUCAGAGGCCAAAUCACAAAUGAAAUGUUAAAAGUCAAAUUCCAAGGUGAAUUAGAGGUCGUUCGUUCCAGAAUUCAAGAUGAUAUGAAGGAUAUUGCUAUGACAAAAGCCAAGUUGGGCCUAGAACGCUAAUUAUUAAUUAAGGGAUGCAACAAUUUCACUCUUCUCUUCUUGACAUGCUCUCCUCAACAUCAGGAAAAUAUACUCGUAAAUAAUUGGGAUACAGUGAUGUAUGUGGUGCAAAUAAAAGGUUUUGCUUAUCUUCCCAUAUUAUAGCACUCAUUGCUUUUUUAUCUUGGACAACAUUUUUACCAAUCCUUUGUCAAACUUACGUAGAAAUGUCAUUUCAAUCAAUUUAAAUCCCUUCUUUACAAAAUGUGAUUUUCAAUAAAAUUUUAAGAAUUCAAAAAUUGUUUUUUUGCUUACUAAAAGUCAUUUCACUUACUAUUAUCUGCUUUUUUUAUAGA